AAAUUUUUUUAUUCUAUUUGAACACAAUUAAAUAAAGACUAAUGGCUAGUAAAUUGGAUACCUUAACAGUCAACUUUGCUAGUGCACCAUUCCAACGUGCUUUCACUACUAGUAUUAGUCCUGUUGUUUUAUUCUCCGUUCUUGAUCAUUAUUUGCGUCGAGAUGAUCCUCAAACUAAAGUUGUUGGUGCACUUGUAGGUGUUCGUAGCCCUGACGCCACUGAGGUUGAGAUCAGAAACGCCCUUCCCCUCAUUUAUAACAACGAAAUUGAUAGAGAUCAUUAUCAUAGCAUGGUAGAAUUACACCAAAGAGUAAAUCCCGAAGAAUUCAUUUUAGGUUGGUAUACUGCUGGCAAAGAAUUGACACCUACUAGCACACCUGUUCAUGAAUUUUUUGCCGAGGACGUGGCUCCUUUUCAACCUAUUCAAGUUACUGUGGAUAUUGAUGCUCUUUUCAAAACUUCUGAUAUGGGUAUUCGUGCUUAUGCUAGUGCACCUGUUGGUUUCUCUAAUAAGCCUGGAGAUUCUUUAUUCUUACCUGUUCCUUGUGAAGUAAAAUAUCUUGAUGCAGAAAGAAGUGGAUUGGAUAUGCUUGCUUCUGCCAAGUCAAAUGAAAACCGCACUGCUUCUUUGAUGUCAGAUAUGGAUCAUAUUGAAAUUGCCAUUAUCAAACUUCAAGAAAUGCUUGAAAGGAUCAGUCAAUAUGUUGACAGUGUUGUUGAUGGUAAAACUGAGCCUAAUAAUGCCAUUGGUAGAUACAUCAUGGAUACUGUCUCUGUUGUUCCUAAAAUCGAUAGUUCAGCAUUUGAAAAGACGUUUAAUUCUCAUUUGCAAGAUCUUUUGAUGGUUGUUUAUCUUGCCAACAUGACACGUACUCAACUUGCUGUUGCUGAACGUUUACAAUUAUUGGCUACUACCAACUAACUUCAUCUCACCCACAUACACGAUUAUAUAAUAUACAUGUACACGCAACUGUCAGAAAUUAUUUUUUUUUAUUUCGUCAAAUAAACAAUUUUAGCUAGAA